AUGCGUCGUGUCCGCCCGGGGACACGGGUUGUCGAAAUUGUUGCGGACACCAAUUACCUUCAACAAUGUAAGAAAGCCCUUUUUUCCUGAAGUAUGCAAAUGGAAAUGCGAUGAUGCCUUAAAUAAUAAACUAUGCCAUGUGGGCCUUUCGAAGUUCAAGAGAAUAUCCUAUUCAUUUAAUUACAAUUCUAAACUGAUAACGCCCAUAAUGCGAUCGAGCACUGGUUGUGUAGAGAGUAGUCCGCCUACACUGUUGUUAAAUAUGCACGCUAAACUGAAAAAUACACAUUCAGGCUAGACUAAGAGUUUUUGCCUAUGCGCAUCAGAGUCCGCCUAUCUCAGUCUAUCAUUUGACUCUGCAGACGGCAAGUGAUGGAUAUUCUUUUAAGGGGAGCACACUCGUGGAAAACCCAAAGCCACUCAGGAAGAGAAAGCGAGUUGUGUCACCCUGAGGAAACUCCCGAUAAAUCAGCUCCGCAGAAUAACGAAACAGUGUGUGCUAAUGUAACAAAAUUAAGUCCAACUUCAUUACCCGCUACGGUAACUAAACCGAAGACCGAAUAACCAGGGAGAAUUUCAAACGACUACAAGAAGGGCCCGUCGUUAGUCCUGCUGUCAGGGCAAUGUGUCUGAAAGUUCCCAGGCUGAAGCCAGCACGUCAUUCACAAAUUUAGGCCUCACGACCCCAACGUCCGACGAAACUAAGUCUAAUGUCAACAUGCCAUAAUCCGAUACAAACGAAGAUGCGAGUUCCAGGAACUAAUUGAUAAGAAGAAGAAGAAGAAGAAGAAGAAGAAGAAGAAGAAGAAGAAGAAGGGAGCGCUGGAACAAGGGCUUUAUUCGCCUGACAUUUCGGAUUCUCACUCGAACACAUCAUCAGAGACAGUGGCAUAAACGGGUGACUCGUGCACAGGAAGUUGCAGUAGUUUAUAGAAUACAGUCGUUAAGCUACCGCAUACCUAUAGUAAUUAACCGCGCUUCUCUUCAUCAAGAAUUGUUGCCCACUGGUGCGCUAAUUGCUUGAUGGCCGGCAUGCAAGUUGUUAACUGCUGCAAUCUCAUCACCCGUGUUGGAUGCUGGCGUGAUAAUUGCUCGGCCACCUGGCUCACCGGCUUUCGAGCUCCCCGAGUGGUCAGUUACUUUGGCCAACCUAUGCCUCAGCACGGAAUAUGCAGCGGAGAUGUCGUUGAACUUGCCAAUAGACCGAGGUCCCGUAUGCCAAUUGCCUUACUCCAUGAAAGGCGCCCACAGUGGUCGGAUAUCAUUUUAGGGCAGAUCGGGAAAUAAAGAACUCGUCCAUAAAUUGUAAGCAAAAUAUUGGUAUAAAGGGUGUCCCAGAGUCCACCUUACGCAUUUCGAAGGAAAGAAUGACUCACGAACUAGAUCUACCUCACGAAUAUGUCAGUUUUGUCCUGAAGGAUGGUAGACUUGUCACCGUGUAAAAACCUUUCCGAUUAGGCAAAUCAGACUCAGGCCGUGACCCAAGAAAAUCCCUAGACCAACAAAAAUUAUUUUAGUGAACGAAGCUCAGGCAACGUUUAUGUUAGAAGGGAGAACAACCAUACUGAGACCACACACAGAAGUGUUUUUUCAGCAAGAGUAUGAGUCGAGGGAAUGGUUGAAAAUGGGGAAACUAAGGAUAGAAGUGGGUAGAGGAUGAGCAGAUGGAAGAAAGGGCUGAAAAUCACAGAUGACCAAAUAAUCCAGGUCAAAGGGUCACCCCAAUGGUUAAAACCCGUCUGAAUAAAGGCUGGCCUCCAUGACAAAACGAUAAUUGAAGGUUAUAUUCGCAAAUGUGCAAAGCCUGUUCAACAAACCGAACGAAUCUAUCACACUGUUUCAUAAAACAAGCAUACCUUGCAAAAGGCAAUAAGAAGUAUUUUCAAUGAAAUAAAUUGAUUGAAAAUAUGCAUCCAUAGUCCAGGAAUAUGGAGGUGAAAACAAAGAAUUACUUAUACCCGAAAUUAAGCUGAGCGCCUUGACCUUGUUCUUGUCCAUUUUCAUUGGAAACAGUCUCAUCGAACCUGGUCAAUUUCUGUACUGUCAAAGAAAACGCAUUGUGCAGGGACUUUUCUCUCCAAGACAGUCAUUUCCUGUCUGCUACUUCAGCCGACAGCAGUUUAUAAGUGGGUUCAUGUCAAUCGAUGAUUUCCUUCAUGAUGAGCACUUCUCCUCAAUCCCAUGCUCAAACUUCCCUCUUGUUGUCUCUUGUUGUUUUCAUAGAUGAGACACGUGCAUGCACAAUCAUAUUUGGCUGCCAAAAUCGAAUCCUUGUACCUUAUAGCAGUUGCGAUUGCGCAGUUUCUCAAGUUCGCUUGCAGCUGCCCCCGACCCAUCUCUCUCAAAUGUCUUUGAGCAGUACAACGUGUGAUGAAGGGUUAAAAACUCCUGUGGAUUACUGAGAAAAACGCUGUGGUAUUAAUUUGAUUAUGCAUAACCCCGGAUAACACGAUGUCCUUCAAGCACUUUUAACUAUCCGGACUUUUACCGCGCGGCUGAAAAUUUCUCAUCCUCUCGCCUCCUUGCCUAACUCUGGUCACUGGGUUUGCUUUGGAAGCUUUAAGCAUACUUUUGAAGUUGCAUUUUUUGCGUUAACUCCGGGAACUAUCUUUUUCCGCUGUUGGCUGUCGAUAUUUUGAAGUCGCUAGUCGAAAAACAACUGUCAGUAAAUACACGUGCAUCUUCCUUAGUAGCAGUUCCAUAGCGAGCCGACAGCGACUCGGUGUGGAAAAGCGGAAUUUGUCAAUUUGGUCGCGAUGGAAACACCAGCGAAAAGCUGCGAUGCGACGCUAUGCAGCUAAUGGACGGAAACUCCUGCACGAUGUAUGCCUUUUAGCACCUACGAGCGCACUUUCCCGCUUCCCGUCCGAUCUAUGCCUGUACGUACUAUAUAGUCCGGCUGUGAACAUCGUCUUCGCAGAGCAUCGAGGGAUUUCUUCAACCGCCUUGUGAAGGCGGCCUCCGGCUCAUACAAGUCCACUCGGUUCCUGCUGUCCCACGCAGCGUAAACGGCUGUUUAGUAUGUAGAGUUACAUAUAAUCAAGGGCCCACCUCAUAUCACGUCGUACACCUGUUUGCCGGAGGAAAUAAUUGCACCUGCAUACUGCUAGCUCUUUAACAAAUGCUCUGACUACAUAUGGCAUUCAGAUUAGCACAUUGGUUUCGCGCUGGCCUUCACGCCAUAAGUCACUUUCAGACGGCGGUACACACACCCGCACACUACCUGUACUUUUUGCUCAAGUAGGUACGCCCUUCGUGUUGCUAAAUUACAAAAGAAGUUUUCCCCGCCUUCUUAAAGAAACAAAAUUCACCGUUCACUCCAAAGUCAUUAAGGUGAACUUCCAAAAACAUGAAUAUUCUAUGCUAGAUCGUCCCUUCGUGCUGAAGGUUGACCUGCCCCAUGAACUGUCAAAAUGCCAUCUGGACUAUACUUUUACUGAGGACACAAUCGACAGUAUUGUCGAUCAACGUGGGUAUCCUUGUGUUGAAUACGGCUUUAGAGGAAGUAAAACGCUGGGCCACUGCAACUAUUUACUGUUCGAUACCCUCAGUUCUCGUUUCGCAUAGUCUGUCCGAACGACCCGCCUUUUUGCUAUCCCGUUAUUUUUACCUUUUGGGCAAUCUUUAGCUCAGGACAAGGAAAGGCUAUUUUCGAAGAAAUUCCAUCUAUACUUCAUAGAUAAUGCGUUAUUACCCUUUUAGGCCCCAGGAUUCGGACGCCCUAAUACCCGUAAUGCCGCCCAAACAGACGAAGUGUACUUUCCUUUCUGCAUUCACUCAUGACCUCAGUUGCCCACAUGAAAAAAGAGGAGCUGAUGGUUUUGACCAUUUCAGAGAUAGUCUCGGAACUACUAAAGGCUGUGAAAGAAAAAAGAGACGUUAACUUAAACAAGUAGGAAGUCCUAACCUCUUAAAAUUAAUUCUGCAGGUUAAAAUCCGCUGUGUCCAGGAAGUAUGGUCUGACGUCACAACCCCGAUUGGUAGAUAUAAUUGCCGCUGUACCACCUCAACAUCGAGAUGUAAGGACAGCAUCUCUAAUCUUGACUCCUUGCUAGACCCUCGUCCCCAAGCUUAAGGCCAAGCCUGUGCGCUCAGCCAGUGGCGUAAGUUCCUCUCCUAUUCCUCCUUUCAGUCCUCUGGUGUAGAUUGUCGUCGUUGCGGUCAUGUGCAAACCACAUAGAUGUCCCCAUAUAGCAAUGACGGGAAAUGUCUGUGUGUAUGUUGGUUUUACAUUCGUACACUAAUCCGCACGUUUAGCUACUGUCCUGGCGGACCCGAUUCGGAUUUCGAGUACUCAACUCAAUCCUACACUGGAUAUGAGGUAGGUGACUUUUGACAAACACAGAUAGACAUAUCUAGCCUACAUCAAUGCGUGCCAUACGCGCUCGCUACAAUCCGUAUCUCCAAACGCGCCACAGAAUUGAGCAGGUAAGUACUACCCAUACUGCUUUUAUUGGCUGGCAUCUCAGCUCCAACAACUCGGUCAUUCCUGCGACAAGGUUGAAUUCAUCGUCAUGGGUGGCACCUUUAUGUCGCUUCCGGAGGAGUAUCGUGAUUACUUCAUCAGGUAGUGCUGGACUGUCAAUCAGGUUAUUUUUUUAUGUUUUCAGAAAUCUUCAUGAUGCUCUCUCUGGGCACAUAAGCAACAAUGUCGCCGAGGCUGUAUAGUAAGGACAUCUUGCCAACUUCACAAUCAUCUUUUAGCUAUUCAGAACGAAGCAAAACCAAGUGCAUAGGCAUAACCAUCGAAACUAGACCUGAUUACUGCCUGAAGAAGCAUUUGGGGUGAGUGUCGUCCUUUUAGUUAGAAUAACGCGACUUUUCUGCGUAGAGAAAUGUUGGCUUAUGGAUGCACUCGUUUAGAGAUUGGGGUUCAAAGUGUCUACGAGGACGUUGCGAGAGAUACAAACAGGUACAGUCAUGAUGGAUUCUCUGUUUCUGCCUAGCCUUUUCGGAAACUUCUUGCGGCUCUCCUAAACACUUUAAAUACUGUUUGAAGAAAUUACACUUUUAUGAUUUCUCUCUGGCCUCCCCAUAUUCACGGCAAACUUCUAUGCGUACCCAACAGUUUUGUAGACAAGGGGCAAAGUUUCCCACAACAAACCUCUCGAUCGGGCUCAUUUUCCUUGUUAAAUCAGGCGAAUGCAGUACCCCUUUCUUUUACCUAUUUGAAAUUGCUGCGACUGCGAUCAUGUCCGGCAUGGUCCACCUGAGAAUGACUGGCAUAAUUCUUCGUAGCAACGUCAAUAAGACUUAUGCCGUGUAGUUCUUACACUUCACCAUACCCCCCAUUUUAAAGACACACACAAUUGUGUCAGAGCCCGGUCAUCUGGAAUGAUCUCAUCUCUGCACGUCUGCGUAAUCAGCUCAUGUAGCUAGGAUGUCAAGACAAGACCUGUAGGCUUCAACUUGAUCCGGGCUCUAUGUUAUUGUGCAGUCUUUGAGUCGCGUCGACUAUUUCUUCCUGGAGAGGCAGGAGAAGGAUAACACGCCGCAGCUGAGAGAGAAGUUGACCGGAGAAGUUUGAAAGGUAUCCACGCGAGCUCUCAACCUUAUCCGAGUUGUCAGCAAUAAAGCAACCACUUACGCCGUGAGAAGACUGACUCACUAACUCGGUGAGUAAGUGAAUAGUUUUCGAACGUCUAUGUUUAAGGCCCGCCUCGUGGAGGCUACCACUCGAUCCCGACAGUUUUCGCAGUCAUUUAUAUCCGGCUAUGGCAUAACUCUUUAAGGCUGACAGCUGGAAUCAUGGUUGCAGGACGUAUCUCGGAUUGUCUGAGCUAACAACCUACGAUCUUUAAGCCGAUCCAGCCAGCACGGCGCCGCUCGUUUGUCACACACCUGAUUGCAGAACUUCCAGUUUUUAGGGCAAAAUAAAAUAAGGUUUUUGUUUUGGUUCUCGCCUGCGACUUACCUUUCAUCUUGUUAUACUGCUGAAUCUUUAUGUUCGUGAUUGACUACUCACUGUGGUGGCAAAACACAUCUGGUACUGAGAAAACUGGGCCCCAAAGUCUCGGCCAAAAUUAUGGCUUCUUAAGUCCUGUCAACCCAAACUCCUCCCCAAGACCGGAGGUCUUACUGUGUUCACCGCUGUUCGGAAAGGGUGACAAGUCCGAAAGAAUGUUGACUGAAUGGUUAGUCUUCAUCAGAAACGGGCGUUUGUUGUGAUAUAGUUUCAUUCACAAAGAAAUCGGCGGGCUUUUGGCGAUUCCGUGCAGAAAUGUUCCUCUGAACACUGUCUAAGGACUGGCUUCUAUGGGCUUCGCUCUCCCUCAUUUUGGGAUGCCAAUCCUCCACUCCACAUAACUCGCUACAGAAAGCUAUCAAUCGCAUGUUCUCGCAGUUCGUCGCUGGCGAUGGCGCCAAGAAGACACACAAGUACCAUUCUUCAUUGCAUCGAUUUCUGGCUCAUGAUUAAGUCUUUGAGCUAGUCACUCGGAGUCAUCCCAGCGCCACGUCGACACGGUUUGUCAGUCCAAACGCUUUGGAGGGGAUGAGAACAUCUGUCGGCAUCUGGCACCUAAAUACUGCCUUGCAACUUCCAGCUUGGAUUGUGUCAGUCUCUGCAUGUCUGGCAUCUGUUCUGUCAAUGCAAAGCAACUUAUCACUUUUCCGCAGUCAGCGUGCAUUUACCUCUUUCCAUUAAACAGUUGGGUUGAAGGAGUCAAGUCAGUUUCCACUGACGUCCUGGCACAAACUGAUAGUCGUGGUUGGAAUACCUAUAUGGGUAUAGAGAUUACUGGGUCCUAAAUCCAACCCUUAGAUGGAUAUUCAGCACGCAAACCGGUGCUAACAAGACUAGCUUCUUAGUGCGGUUUAUGGUGAUCAUUUCACAGUGUCCUCAUCAGGCUGCGACAUUUUAUGGGGUGGUCGGUCUGUCAUGCCUCCUCUCUGCUCACGGUCUGCGACUGCCCAUUUGGCAAACCAAGACGCCUGAUUAUUCCGCAGUUUGCCCUCGCUGAAGGCUUUUGUCCUGUCUGUCAUCCCUGGACGUGCCGGUUGGCCAAAAUCUGGGCCAUCUGCCUGGUAGCUUUGACACAGGUCGUGGAACUUCAUAAAGGAUCAGGAAAGCAGCAGAACUUCGCUACUUCUGGUUAUUUUAUUGUUUUACGACCUGCUUGGAAGUUGGUUGAAACGAGUUUAUGAGAUCUUUGUCCUGUUGAAAACGGCGACUGUGACUACCCUAAGGUGUAGCCCCAUUCGGUUUGUAGUAAAUUAAGACUAUUGCACCUGACUUUUCAGUCUAUCACGACCGGUAGGAUCUGAGUCACCGCGGUUAUGUUUUAUUUUCUGAUUGAAUUUUCAGGGGUCACACGGUUAACGCCGUCACGGAGUGCUUCCACCUUUCGAAAGACGCCGGUUUCAAAGUGAUCUCGCACAUGAUGCCCGACCUGCCUAAUGUUGGCUGGGAGCGUGAUCUGGCCCAAUUUGCUGAGUACUUCGAAAAUCCCGCCUUCAGGUCUGAUGGUCUAAAAAUCUACCCGACGCUCGUCAUCCGCGGCACUGGCCUCUAUGAAUUGUGGCGUACGGGUCGUUACAGUAGUUACCCACCAAACGUUCUAAUCGACUUAAUUGCGCGUAUCCUCGCCCUUGUUCCACCCUGGACCCGCAUCUAUCGGAUUCAAAGGUAAGGAUUUGUGUUACCUAGACAACAUCCGCAUGUUGCUUGAGCACUUCCCCCAUCCAUCGUCCCUCCUUGUAUUGGAGUCACCUGAAUUGCUUAAAAGCACAGUUGGGUCAAUAUGAAUUAUUCAAAAUCUGCCAAAAUAUCUAUGAAUUAUAUUUGUCUACUCUUUGAAGGAAGGGGGAUAAAACUCGCCUGCAUUCCUUGUUUAUACUCUCUGCUCUCCCCUUUACAGGGACAUUCCGAUGCCGUUAGUGACUAGUGGAGUCGAACAUGGAAACCUGCGCGAACGAGCACUCGCCAGGAUGGAAGAGUUAGGGGCAAGUUGUCGCGAUGUACGCACUCGAGAAGUUGGUAUCCAGGAAAUCCACCGGAAGAUCAAGCCCUAUCAGGUACUCCCGGUGUCGUUUACUUCUGUCUGCACAUUAUUGCCAACUGCAUUUGACACCCCUACGCCUGAAUAGGUUUUGGCUGUGAGUCCUUGAGACGCAUGUUAUAAACUGACUCACAUUUUGGCGUCGGGAACCUACACCCGGGCCUCUAACACUGCACUGUUUCCACACACUAUUAUCAAAGAACAACUGACGUUAGCUGAACUCUACUCCAGUGUUGGGUGGAGGAACUAAUUUUAAGGGUCUUCCGGCGCAGACUUGUUAACUCUGCUUUGGUUGUGUUUGAUGCAAACCCACAAUAAAAACUAGAUAAAACAUGGUUGUUUGUGUUCAGGACUGCCGAUUAAUUUCGAGGUGUUCCAUCUCCUGUCUUGUUCAUGUCUUUUACUGUCCGGUUCGAAGCUUCUGAGAGAACUGCGAACUACUGUCUUGUCUUCGUGCUCCUCCCUGUCUCUGGAUCAGUAAACGAGCUUGCUUUUCCUAGAUUGAAUUGAUCCGACGAGACUAUGUCGCCAAUGGAGGCUGGGAGACCUUCCUCGCAUACGAAGACCCCACUCAGGAUAUUCUCGUUGGUCUUCUUCGUCUGCGCAAGUGCUCACCAGAAACUUUUAGACCUGAGUUACGGGUCUGCACUGAACCUAAUUCCAACCCCUUGUGUUCAGUUGUCCGAGAGUUGCACGUUUACGGUAGUGCCGUCCCCGUGGCAUCCAAGGACCCGACAAAAUUCCAACAUCAGGUAAACUAUCUCUAACCAACGUUUUCGUAGCUAAUUUGAAGAGGAUUUCAUACUGACCCCUUAGCAUUGACAAUAUCCAAAUUAUUGUCCUCAGUUUGGCGCGUUUUAUAGGCUCAUAACACGACCAUUUCUUCUUUCAAAGGGUUUCGGGACACUACUUAUGGAGGAGGCGGAGCGCAUCGCCCGAGAAGAGCAUGGCUCCCUGAAACUGGCAGUCAUUUCGGGUGUUGGGACUCGUGAUUACUACCGAAAACUCGGCUAUGAGCUUGAGGGACCCUACAUGGUCAAGGCACUGUAA